AUGUCAGUUUCAUCAGUGUCCCUGAAUUCGGACACAACAACAGGCCGAUAUCAACGUCUAGCUUCGGAAUAUGCAAAACUUCGAGCUCAGGCAAAAGUGCUCCGCGAAGGAGUUUUGAGCGAACGAGCGAAAAGUGAUAAAUUGACAGAGGAUUUGAGGAUCAAAGAGGCGCAAUUUCGAAAAAUCGAGGCUGAAAAUGAGAGCCUCAGCUUCAGAAAUGAGCAAUUAGUGAAACGCGUUGAGAAUUUACAAGGGGAUUUGGAGAAAAUUGAGACGACUAGUAGAACUGGAGGAAAAUCGACGAAGAAAUCGAAUUCUGCGGUGCCGAAAGAUGUUCAGAAUCAAAUUCAGGCGAUGGUUAUGAAAAUUGAGAUUUUGGAGGGGGAAUUGAGGAUGAAGUUGAGACAGAAUGAGGAAUUGGUGAUACAGGUGAGUAUUUUUGGGUGAGGAAUUCGAAAAUUUGGAAAUUUUAGUAAAUUCUGGGAAUACUAAACCUUUUCUAGGCCAGAUUUUGAUUUCUAGGUCAUCAGGAAUGGAUUUCAUAGCUUUCUAGGCUAGAUUUGGGUUUCUAGGCCACCAAGAAUAGAUUUCAUAGCUUUCUAGGCCAGAUUUGGAUUUCUAGACCACCAAAAAGCCACGUUUUGGUUCUCUAGGCCAUAUCUUACAUUCUAGUCUCUCCAAACAUAUUUUUUUCACAGAUUUCCGAAAAUGAACGACUUCAUGGUGAAGAAAUGGCCCAAAUGUCCGAAAAAUUUGCAAAAGAAUUUCGAAAUCUCGAAAAUCAGUUGAAAAUUUCCCAAAAACCUGGGGAUUCGCCGCCAAAAAAUGAUGUUAAGAAUCCAUUUUUCGAAGAAGAGCAAUCUCCGGAGCCCAAAAAUAUCGAAAUCAGUUCGCCUGAACCGCCACAAUCCAUCGAAGAAGCUGAAAUUCUGGCUGAAAAUUCGCUGAAAAUGGUUUUUGAGGAUUUCUCGAAUAUUUGCCAACUUUUACACCAAAGAUCCGAAAUUUAUCCAUUCGAUAUUUGCAUGGAAAAAUUGCCGAAAAAAUGUGGAGAAAUUGUCGUGGGAGUAUAUUCAAUGCUCGAAAUUGUUUGCCGAACUUUUUGAGGCUGAAAAUUUGAAUGCGCUGGAAAUCGAGUCGAAAAUCGGGCUGAUUUCGAAACAUUGUGAUGGAUUAUUGAUUGGAUUGAUUGGAUUGAUGUGUAAUGAAGAGAAUAAGGUAGAGGAUUUUGGGGUCCUGAAAUUCAAAAGUUUUCUGAAAAUUGAUUUUUUUGUACUAAUUAGCUCAUUUUCCCUGAAGACUUUGCUUUUGAUUUCUCUAGUUAUCUGUUUUUUCCUCUUCCACUUCUCAUUCAUAAAUCAAAAAAAUUUGGCCAAAUUUAAUAGUAUGCCCAAAACUUGGACUAACAUUCAACAUCAAUUUCAAAAUGUCUCCACAUUUUUUGCAAUCACUCUCAAUAGUCUUCUGAUUUUCCUGAUAACUCAAAAAUCACCAAAAGCACUUGGAGUUUACAAAUAUUUGCUGGCUUACACGGCAUUUUUUGAGAUUAUUUAUUCCAUUGUUGAUUUGAUGGGCGCACCGGUGAGCAAAGUGAAUUUCUAGUGAAUUUUACGAGAAAUUCCGAUUUCAGUGUUUCUAUUCGCAUGGUUCUGCAAUGAUAAUGUUCAUCGAAACGGACAAAUCAAUUUUCAGCCCGUUUAUUUUGAAAAUCUUGAACUGCUUGUUUUGCGGUUCAUUUGGAACUGUUUUAGGAUUAUUCUCAAUUCAAUUUAUCUAUAGAUAUUUGGUUGCUUUUAGGUUUAGUUUAGUCACCAAUUAAAUUCACAAAGUUUUUCCUUCUAGAAGCCAUUGGAUAGAUUCAUUCAAUUCACUAAAAAUACUAAUCUGGUUUUCUGCACCUUUAAUAUUAGGAUUAAUUUGGAGUGUGAUAAUUAUUCAAUUAGGUGGCGAAAGUGAGCUAAAAACCGAAUAUUUGAAAAAUAGCAUGAUCUAUGAUUUGGAUAUUGAUAUUCAUAAAACCGUAUAUUUAGCAUUGCUUUUAUUCCCAAAAACAUCGAACGGAACUAGAUAUAUUCAUAUUGAAUCUGUAGUUGUUAAUAUUGUUGAGAAUCUGUCUCUCACUGUUACCCUAUUCAUUAUUUUAUAUUUUGGAAUUGGGUGUUAUUUAGAAAUGUCUAAAAAUAUGAACCAUUCUAUUGCUUAUCGAAGUUUACAAAAACAACUUUUCAUGGCGCUUGUUUUUCAAACCCUAAUUCCAAUCACAUUAUUGCAUAUUCCUGUUCUCCUCUAUUAUUUAUUUGGGAUUUUUGAAAUUGAUUCUGGAAGUUUCGGUGGAAUCAUAACGAUUACAAUUGCCUUGUAUCCUGCCAUUGAUCCAUUGCCCAUAUUUUUUAUCAUUAAGAAUUAUAGAAUUGCGCUGAAACGGAUUUUGUGUGGGAGAAAGAGAUCGGAAAAUAUUCCGAAUUCUAGAAAUGUUUUUAUUGUUAAACUAUAAGCGGAAAUCUUGUAUUUUAUAAAUUAUUUUCUCUUUUUUUUUCGGUUUUCGUGAACGCUUUGGAGAUCUUCGAGUAUAAAAAAAACCUGGGAUUUUUUUUUUCAAGUUUUCCCGAUGUUUUAAUAAGCAUAGGCUUCUUCUAAUUUUCAGAAUUCCCCUCGAAAAAUGUCUAUUUUUUCAGGUUUCCUGGUGCUCCGCUCCCUUGGAAUCACUCAACAAACAAUGGUCCCAAACCCUAACCCGAAUCUUCCAAAAAAUCCCCGAAAUCCUCGGAAAUCCCUCGGAAAUUGCCGUGCUCGCCGAGCAACUUUGCCACGUCAACGAGAAGCGCGAAGCUGUGGAGAAUCGACUUCCGACGACUAGCAAAAAAAUGCGAUGUGUUUCGCAGGCUUUGAGGGAUGCGCUAGCGAAAUUGGCCAUGGAUUUGGCGAAAUUGGCGGCCAGGAAGCAACGUGUGCUGAAAAUGAGAGCUGAAAUUGAAAUUGAGCAAGGAGAAGCUGGAAAUGCUGAAAAUAAUCCAUUUAUCGUUGAAAAUGCUCCGAAACCAAAUGGAAGUGAGCAAAUAUUGGCUGAAAAUGCUCAAAAAUUAUCUGAAAUUGCUGAAAAUCGCCCAGUUCCCACCCGCGAUUCCUCAACCUCUCCAAUUCCCCAACAAAGUUGCUCGAAAUGCUCAGAUCUUGCCGAAAAUCUGGAAUCCCUGGAAUCUCGCCUAGUAAAAAUUCAAAGUGAAAAAGAGCAACAAAAUCUGGAUUUCUCGCUGCUCAAACGAAAAUACGAGUUGGCGAAUGGAAAUCAGAAAUAUGAGAUAUCGGAUAAGGAACAUUUGUUGGGAAUCGGAAAAGAGAAGCAGAAGGAGAUGUUGGGAAAUGUGAUGAGAGCUGAGAAGAAGGCCAAGGUUUUUGAGAAAGAGGUAAGGUGUUUUGGGACUGGGAAUUUUUUGAAUAUAAAUGAGCCUAGGCUUCAAAUUUCCAAAAAUAGAAGCAAGCCUGGAUUUCGAAUUAUCAGAAAAAAAAUCUGGCUGAGAAUCAGCCCGAGUUUAUCCUCAGAAAUCUGAAAACCUGAUUCAACGUGGAUUUUUAAAAUCUUUUUUUUCAAUUUGUUGAAUUUGUUUUGACUUUCUUUUGAAUUCGUCAUCAAAAUUUUUGGAUUCCAAUUGUUUCCAGUGCAAAAUGCUGCUCACUCUUCAAAUCCACGCGCAAGCCGAGAAAAACGAAAUGCAAACUCGCCUCACCGAAAUCUCGCAACAAAAAAUGAGUGUGGAAGAUGAGUUGGCAAGUGUGAGACGUGGAUACGAAGCUCAAAUCGGCGAGCUGAGCAACCACGUGGCAGAGCUCGUCAAAGAGCAGAAGAGCACCACCUCAGCGGACCACGUUGUAUCUGAGCCACCCAAAAAAUCCGGACUCAAGUCGUUUUUCAAAUAA